UCAUCAGCCUUUCCGCCUUUCUCCUGUCUCACGUUUGCGUCUCUACCCAGCUCUGUUUGCCUCUCUAAACAAAACCCUCACAGAGCCUCUCUAAACAAAGCCCUCAAAUCGUUUGCUCUGUUUGCCUCUCUAAACAAAACCCUCAAAUCGUUGAUACCACAUCUGAGGCGCAACCCACAAAACCCUCAGAGCCCGGCGCACCCACAAACACUCAGAGCCCGGCGCACCCAUAACCUCAAAUCGGAGGCGGUCCUUCUCAUCCAAUCCACUUGUCGGCGCCGCUCUCUAGCUUAUUCGCUUCCAAUCCAUAUUCAAAUCAGCGGCGCACUCAUAUCCAAUCCAACUCGACGGUGCUUCAUCUCUUCCCGGACGACUCGGCAGUGCUUCUUCUCUUCCAUUCUAAAUCGGCGGCGCCACCCACAAUCUUCAGGAGUAUGGGGAGAGUGAAGAACAUUGAAGAGCAAGAUGCCAUUGAAGAGCAAGAUGCUCUCCAAGUUAGGCCCCCGAAAAGACCACUUGGAGCAUUUAUAAUUUAUUAUAAAAGGCAAGUAGAAAUGAUGAAAGCUGAAGGCAUUGUCAAGAUAAGUAAAGCUGUUAAGGAUGAGAUUACAAAAAAGUGGAAUAAUCUUGAUGACGACUCUAAAUUAGAGUAUAGGAGGGAAGCACGUGAGAAUUGUGAAAAUUAUGCAAAUCUAAAACAUAAUAUUCCUUGCAAACCACGUAAAGUUUCAUUAGAUACUCGGUGUACCCUUGGUCGCGUUCGUUCGAUGGUUAACAAAUUGAAUCUAAGACAAAAAUCUGUCAUUCAAGAGUUAGGGUUUGGUAGUUUGUUGGAUUUAAAGUUUAUAAAUUUGGAUAGAGAUUUAUGCAAAUGGUUAAUUGAUCAUUUUGACCAAAAUUCAUGUGCAUUGGAUAUUUGUGGUAAGAGGUUACCGAUUUCCACUGAAGAUGUAGAAUAUAUUUUAGGAAUAAGAUCAAAUGGGGUUGAUAUAUCUAUUGUUGGGAGCGCAGAAGAGAUAAAUCAUAUGUGCCAACAAUAUGGAUUAAAUGUGGAAGGGGAUAUACCAAUUAAGCUCUUAGAGGAUGAGUUGAAUAAGAUGGAAACAUUUGGAAAUGAAUUUGUGAGUUAUUUUUUGCUGUUUAUAGUGGGUACUUUAUUAUGUCCCACUACAAAAUCUUAUAUGAAACGGUCUUUUGUUUUAAUUUGCCGUAAUGUUGAAGAGAUUAGAAACUUGAAUUGGGCAAAGUUCGUGCUAGAUUUUCUCAUUCAAGGUGUACGCAAACAUAAAGACAAUAAUCUUAUAGCAGUUGAUGGUUGCGUGUUGUUAUUAAUGUUGUUUUAUUUUGAACACGUUAACGUUGAAAUUGACGUUGAACAUGUUUCCAAACGACAUCGACCACGUAUUUGUUUUUGGGGAAAAGAGGAAGUUAAGCAAAGGAUGCUGAAAUUACAUUCAAUUGGAGGUUUUGAUAGUCCUAAGUUAGUAGUAACACAAAUGGAGGGUGGAUAUGAGACUGCCAAUAUUCCAUUGGAAAAGCAAUAUAUUAAUCAGUCUCAUGCUAUGCCAUGUAGGGAUGAACACAAGCCAAAUAUGGAUUCUGAUGAAGCAACUCAUAGAUUUGAGCAAUCCUUAACAAGUAUUAGAGAUGAUAUGCUAGUUUUGCAUAACACCAUGAAUGUCAUUGCAAAAAAUAUGGAAACAUUUAAGAAAGAUAUUGUUUUGGAGUUGAAGAAUGUCAUUGCAAACAAUAUGGAAACAUUUAAGAAUGAGAUUGUUUUGGAGUUAAAGAAUGUGUUUGCAAACAAUACGGAAACAUUUAAGAAUGAUAUUUGUUUGGAGUUAAAGAAUGUAGCAAAAAGGGAACGUACUGGACAUACCAUUGAUUUGGACCUAAAUGAUAUCGUAGAAGGCCUUAAAAAUGAGACAAAGGUGCUGCCUAAGAAAGAGUCUACAUCUCUAGUCCAAGGAAAAAUGGACCACGAUGAUACAGUUCAUGUUAAAAAAGAAUCUAAGAAAGAGUCUACAUUUCUAGUUCAAGACAAAAGGCACCAAGAUGAUACAUCCAAACCUAUUUGUUUGGAGUUAAAGAAUGUAGCAAAAAGGGAACAUACUGGACAUACCAUUGAUUUGGACCUAAAUGAUAUUGUAGAAGAGCUUAAAAAUGAGACAAAGGUGUUGCUUAAGAAAGAGUCUACAUCUCCAGUCGAAGACAAAAUGGACCAAGAUGAUACAAUUCAUGUUAAAAAAGAAUCUAAGAAAAAGUCUAUAUCUCCAGUUCAAGACAAAAUGCACCAAGAUGAUACAGUACCCAUUAAAAGAGAAUUUAAGACGGUGUCAUCAUCUCCAAUACAAGACACAAUAGAGAAUGACCGCAAUGUUCACAUGGUUGGGCUAAGCAAAUCCAUUAAAGAAUCUGGUAGCAAAACAGUCCUAUCUCGUAAUGUGGAUGUGGAUAUGCUACAAUUAACUUUCCCACAUAACAAUAGAAUUAUUGCAUCAUGUGUUACACAUUCUGCCAAGAGUAAAGUCAAUAAAUCUCUAAAACGUAGCCCAAUUGUCACCUCCCAAGUUGUAGUUCCGAAUUUGAAAAAGAUGAAAAAAAUCAAAGAUACGUCCCAGGAAUCCAGACUGGUUGAUGAGGAGAGUAUCAAUGAGUUUGCACCAUUUACUGAAUUGGAGAAGAUCAUAUGCAAUUAUAUUUUCAAUAAGGAUCUAGAUGGGAGUGAAGUUCUUGCUAGCAUGAAAUAUGAGCAUGGUGAUCGUGCGGCUUUUUUUUCAUUGCUCCCUAACCAAUGGAUUAGCAGUCAGAUUAUUAGCUUGACCAUUUGCAUGAUGACUUUGGAAGGGAAAAAGUAUGGACAACUAUAUGCGUGGCAUUUGCCAACACAUUUCUCGCAAAAAAUGAUUGAAGAAGAUGGUAAUCCCACACUGGAAUGGUUUAAAAGGACGUAUAGGGACGAUGACAAGUAUAUGUCAAGAUUGAUGUGUUGUGAACAGGUGAGCCAACAGCUGGAUGUUCCAUGGAUUCAGGGACGUUGUCACCAUCAACAUGUUCACCUUGUUGAAUAUGUGUAGAUGGACAUGUGCGCCUUGUGUGUCCAACAUCUUUACAACUGCUGCAUCGCCUAACUUUCGCAUGGCUGUGGCUGUUGCUUGUGCUACCAUGGUCGCCUUUAGUCUUGACAAUGGCUGGAUCACGAACAUUUAAGUUUGCUUUAUUGGACGCAGUGCGUAUCCCAUCUUCAGCAGCUUCUUUACUUGAAUUAUAAAGUUCUUCCAUGCGGCGUGUCAACCUUGCUAUUUCAACCUUCAAUUCUUCGAAGCCUUGUGUUGUUCUUGAACCAAAGUAACACAUCUGACUACAACUAGCAGACAAUGCACUAAACUGUGCCAUACGUAUGAUAUCAGGAGACAUUUGGGAUUCAAGUUUGUAAGGCAAGUCGGACUUUGCUGUUUUCAGCCAUCUGUUCAUUAUACAUGUCGGUGGAAUCUGUUUCAAAUGUUCAACCUUCAUAAUAGCAAAUAGGUGCCCACAAGGAUAUCCAUAUGACUCAAAUAGCAAACAAGAGCACUUCAUAGAUUGAUCAGCUUGACAAUACACAACCUCCCAUCUUGAGUCAGGGGAUGCAUACUGAGAUAACGUGUACGUAUGAUAACCUUCCUUAUCUAUGUAGUAAAGCACAAUGAAUUUUUGUUCAUUCAAUAAUUCUUCUUGAACCA